UACAAGGACGCGUACAAACGUGUCCGUAAGCAAUGCUGACAACGAACCCUAACAGCAAUAGAUCUUCACCCUAAAACCGGUAUGUCCAUGAACCAGUCCAAAUGCCAAUGCACUAGGGUUUUAGAGUACACACUAGGGUUUUAGGGAGAGAUAUACCCUAGGGUUUCGAAAGAGAGAAGAUCACCAUGGCUUCCGAUACACCCGAACCUCUGGUUCAAUUGGCUGAUAUCAGUGGAAGAGGCAGAGCUCUUAUAGCUUCUAAGGCCAUAUUCGCAGGCCAGAUCCUUCUCCAAGAUACCCCAAUUCUCCUCUAUCCAGCUGCUCCACACAAGAACCUUAGUUCCUCUUUUUGUUCCCAUUGUUUCAGAAGCCUUCCAAUCCCAAACCCUAAUUCUGCAACUCUGUGUUGCCCUUCUUGCUCAAACUUUGCUCUUUUUUGUAGCCCUGAGUGCCACUCUAUUGCCUUGGCUUCUUCCCAUUCUCAAUGGGUUUGUAAGGCUUUAGGGCUGUUGAGGUCUUCUAAUCCUAGCUCUGAGCUCCAAACUCAGGCCAAUUUUUUGCUGGGUGCUUACAAUUUGGCUGAGAUUUCUCCUGAUGAUUUUAACAUGCUGCUUUCUCUUCAAGGAGAGGGGACUUUAGAUGGAGAGACCCAAAUGCUCCACUCUUUUAUAUCAGCUGUAAUGGCUGAGUUCCCUCUGAAAAGUUUCUCUCGUUUUUCGGUGGAGUUAACCGCGGCUUUAUUGGCAAGGGAUAAGAGAAAUGCUUUUGGGUUGAUGGAAAAUUCAAAGGAAUGUGGAGAAAGGAUGGUUAGGGCCUAUGGGAUUUACCCAAGAGCUUCGUUUUUCAACCAUGACUGUCUUCCCAAUGCUUGCAGGUUCGACUACAUUGAUAAACCAGGAGAUGGGAAUAAUGAUAUUAUCAUCAGAGCUCUGCAUGAUAUUGCAGAGGGGAAAGAGAUUUGCUUAAGUUACUUCCCUGUGAACUGGAAAUUUGCAGACAGGCAAAAGAGGCUUCUUGAGGAUUAUGGGUUUGUAUGCGAGUGUGAUCGUUGCAUAGUUGAGAAGACUUGGAGGGAGGAUGAUGAAGAAGAAGAUGAAAAAAUGGCUUUAGAGAAUGAAGAAGAAGAGCAAGAGUUUCCUCAUGCUUACUUCUUCGUGAGGUACUUGUGCCCCAAUGAAGAGUGUGGGGGAACCGUGGCUCCUCUACCCCCUUCACAAGGAACACCAUCCAAUAUAAUGGAAUGUAAUGUUUGUGGGCAAUUGAGAACAGAGGAAGAAUUCAAUAGAGAUGAAGAUGAAGAUGACAUGGUGGAUGAUUGAUUAGCUUAGCUGAGUAAAGAUCAAUAGCUUUCUCUUUCAUCCCACCGCUUAAGCCAUGUAUUGAUGUUCUUUUGUAAAAAAGAGUUUAAGUUUUAUUAUGGGUAUUGUUGGAUAUGAGGAUUUGACCCUAGCUUUUGAAGGUUUGCAAAAUUUUGAGGUUUAUGGAGCUCUUGAAAGAGAUCUGGACUUUCAACUUAAUCUCUAAUCUAUUUUAGAUUUGUGA